CCGGGGCCUCCGCGGUCAACUCAGAAGAGCUAGACGUCGGCUUCGUUACCUGACAAGUGAACACAUCGAAUCUGCAGACGUGUUGAGCAGUAUGUAUCCGCAUGCUUGACUGGGUGACACAAGUUCAUGCCUUCAAUGUACAUCAGCCUGACCUUGAGCCUUUCGCACUGGCAAAAGAAAUACCACACGCUCCAAAUACCGUGCAUGGCCAUAUGGCGCGGACCGCAACGCUACCGGGCCGUCCAAAGAAGCAAAGUGGACCCACAGGCUUCGAGAAUAGUCAAGACGUUGCGUGUGGAGGUACGAGGGAACGGUGCACAAUCAUCGCAACACUGCGACCUGACUACCAGUUGUAUGGGCCUGGUGGAUUAGUCGCUAUGCUAUUUCUUCUAUGCAUUUCAAAGCGACGUCAUGAUGAAGUUGGCAUGUUGGCAUGUCACGUUGUUAGUGAGGCGACGUAUGUUUUGAGACGCGAUAUCGAGCAUCUCACAGCCGGACAGAACACUGAGACCAUGAAGUUGAGUUCGAGGUUCGAAGCACGAACUGACUUUUGACGUUGAACGAUGAAUGAAGGGAUAGGAUAUUCGAAUGUGGCCCCGAGGAGCUGAGGAUAGUAUUGACAACGGGGAUCAGAGGGAAUACGAUGGGCGAUAUAGGUGCCGCUUGCACACAAGCGAGUCGAUAGCUGGUGUUUCGAAACUUACCUGCAGACCCUGCAAUGCAGACCUUGACAGCGCAU